UGUGUGUCCAGAGCUUGCAAAGAUUCGAUUAGUGAUAUCAAGUGAAAGCUCAGGUCUGCAAUGCUCUUUCCCUUUGGCCUACCAAUAUCCAUUAGUUGUUGGUAGAAACUAGAAAUUAUCUAUACAAUGCUCCGCACAUAUCUUUCCACUACUUGGUCAUGACUUGAGACUCUCAGAAACUGUACCUGCUUGCUUGAUUAAAUCUCAUUGGUCUCCUCCAUCUUUGAUCCUCGGCCUUUUAUGUCACUUGGUCUUCGUCCUCGUUUGAAAGCUCGGCCCUCAUUCUUAGACCUCAUCAAAAUCCAACAUAUCGAUACCUUGUCAACAGCUCCAAUUGAGCUUAAUCAAGAACCACUUCCACAACUUCCUCUAUCACCCCCUCCAACAACAACAACUACAUUCACAGUUCCGAAUUUAAUUCAAAAAGAGUUUGCCAACAUGGCUCCGCAAAGAGAUGCCGAUGGAGAGGAACAAUAUGGUUUGUCUUUGCCUAUUCACAUAUUCUACCAAUGAAUACUAAUCGUGAUCCUACAGGUUCAAUUUACUCCGUAUCAGGGUUUGUGCAAGAGCUCAUCAGUAUGCGUCCACUGAACUGACCAUCUCUAGUCCUGUCGUGGUGGCAGAGAAUAUGAUUGGAGUUGCUAUGUACGAGUUGGUAAGUUGGCUUUGUCCUUAUAGCCAGCAUUGUGCUUGCUCACUUCUGAAUAGGUUCGAGUCGGUCACGAUAACCUUGUCGGUGAAGUUAUUCGAAUCGAAGCCGAUAGAGCGACUAUUCAAGUGUACGAGGAGACAGGUAUGAGAGCACAUAUGGCCCUGGGCUAAAAUUAUAACUGACUGUUGGGUAUAAAGCUGGUGUUACCGUUGGAGACCCCGUUGUACGUACCGGAAAGCCUUUAUCAGUUGAGUUGGGUCCAGGUCUUAUGGAAACAAUUUACGAUGGUAUUCAAAGACCUCUCAAAGCUAUCGCAGACAAUUCAAACAGCAUCUACAUUCCUCGAGGUAUCUCCGCGCCCGCUUUAAACAGAGAAAAGGAUUGGGAUUUUAAGCCUAUCAUGAAAGUUGGAGACCACAUCACUGGAGGAGACAUUUGGGGUACAGUUUACGAGAACUCCCUUUUGGAUGACCACAAGAUUCUUUUCCCACCAAGAGCCAGAGGUACAAUUACUCGUAUUGCUGAAAAGGGAAGCUACAAGGUCGACCAAAAGAUCCUCGAGGUUGAAUUUGACGGCAAAAAGACCGAAUAUAGCAUGAUGCACACUUGGCCUGUACGUGUGCCACGACCAACUACCGAAAAAUUGGCAGCAGAUAAGCCAUUUAUUGUCGGUCAACGUGUAUUGGAUGCACUUUACCCUAGUGUCCAAGGAGGAACUGUUGCUAUCCCAGGUGCUUUCGGAUGUGGUAAGACUGUUAUCAGUCAAUCUGUCUCUAAGUUUUCGAAUAGUGAUAUUAUUGUUUAUGUUGGAUGGUAAGGAUUGAAUCUUGAUCAAUACCAGUGACGUUAUGCUAACAAAAAAUGUACAGUGGAGAGCGUGGUAAUGAGAUGGCUGAAGUAUUGAUGGAUUUCCCAGAACUUUCCAUCGACAUCGAUGGACGUAAAGAGCCUAUCAUGAAGCGUACGACACUUAUUGCUAAUACCUCCAAUAUGCCUGUCGCCGCUCGUGAAGCUUCUAUUUAUACAGGAAUUACAGUGGCCGAAUACUUUAGAGAUCAGGGUAAGGAUGUUGCCAUGAUGGCUGAUUCUACUUCUCGUUGGGCUGAGGCUCUUCGUGAAAUUUCUGGUCGAUUGGGAGAGAUGCCUGCUGAUCAAGGUUUCCCCGCUUACCUCGGUGCCAAACUUGCUAGUUUCUACGAACGUGCUGGUAAAGUUCAAGCUCUUGGUGGUCCUGACCGUGAAGGUAGUGUCAGCAUUGUCGGUGCCGUCAGUCCCCAGGAGGGAUUUCUCCGAUCCUGUCACAAGUAGUACUUUGGGUAUUGUGCAAGUUUUCUGGGGUCUCGACAAGAAACUUGCUCAACGUAAACAUUUCCCUUCCAUCAACACCUCAGUCAGUUACAGUAAAUAUACCAAUGUUCUCGACAAAUACUACGAGAAAGAUUUUCCCGAAUUCCCAAGACUUCGAGACCGUAUCAAGCAACUUUUGUCUGAUUCUGAAGAAUUGGAUCAAGUCGUACAAUUGGUCGGAAAGUCAGCCUUGUCCGACCCGGAUAAAAUCACUUUGGAUGUAGCUGCGAUGAUCAAGGAAGAUUUCUUACAACAGAAUGGUUAUAGUGAUUACGAUCAGUUUUGCCCUAUCUGGAAGACCGAAUGGAUGAUGAAGGCAAUGAUGGGUUUCCACGAUGAGGCACAAAAGGCUAUUGCACAAGGGCAAACUUGGGCCAAAGUACGUGAAGCUACUGGAGAACUUCAAUCGCAAUUGAGAAGCAUGAAGUUUGAGGUUCCAAGUGAAGGCGAGGAGAAGAUCACGAAGAAGGUAUGUUUUAUCUUUUGUACUCACAUGACCAUGUACUUAUCUAACAUUUUCAUAGUACGAGGAUCUAGUUCAAGCUAUGACCGACAAGUUUGCUUCAGUCACCGACGAGUAAAGGAAGUAUGCUUAAUAGGAGAUUAUUCUGAGAAGUGGUACAGCGGCCUGCACUUCUUGCUUUAGCUUGUAACAAGGUUUUGUUGGGUGAUAGAUAUGAGAUUGUAUGCAUAUAACUAGCGAAUGGACUUUAUAAAAGUAAUUAUUCUUGAACCAUCUCCAUCUCUAUCUCCAUCCCCAUCGAUGUCUAU